AUGGACACGCGACCACCUCUUCCUGUGCGGAAUACGUCGGGAAUGCACGUUUUUCUCCCAACACCCGCCCAAUUGAAGACAUUUCCAGAGGAAGUGGCUGCAGAGAUACGGGGCAUUGCAAUGGCGGUGCUUAGACGACUAUUGUAUCCCAUCAUACAACGCCGUAUAGCCAGCAAACACCGAAAACGAACCAUUGAUACCAUAAAUGCUCGUGAGAUGUUGCAAACAAAGAUAGUGGAUGCAUUAGAGCAAACAUCUGCUCUUUCUACUUGUUUACAUUCUAUGGAUGUGAGUGUACAACUGACACAUGCAUACAAUGUGAUGAAAGAAGUGGUAAGGUUUGCCGAUUACCGUUUAUUUGUGCAACGAGAGAUCAUUCAACAUCAUGGAGAGCCUUGCAGUGGUGUGAUGAUUCUACUCUCUGGUACGGUGCGAAAACCAUCACAGUUGUCAAGAACGAAAGGAAUCCCCACAAGUGCAAGAACACACUCUCGUCCAUCCACUUCAACUCCUACUUUUCCACCACAAGAUGAUAUGUCAUUAACAAGUCGUGCCUCAUCCGCUGGAGGUAGUGGACGUCGUUGUAGUACUUCUAGUAAUAACGCUGAUUUUAUUAUGAAUGAUCCGCUACUGCAUGCUCCUGCAGUGUUUGGGGAAUAUGCCACAGUAGGUUCCUUCUCCCAUACAGAUAACCUUGUGGCAGAAUCCCAGUUUGUCGUAACAGCAACUUUAUCAAAAUCCGCUUACUAUGCUAUUAUGGAAGGACUUCCAAAACGUGUACAACAGGAGUUUUUACUUCGGGCUUUAGAAGUUCGUGAGAAACUUCUUCCACAGUUUGCGCCCAUGACGACAGGUCGUAUGCGGUUGUGUCCUCUUCUUUCUGGUCUUAGUGAUGUUAAUUUACUUCAUCUCAUGGACUACCUUAUUCCUCAAGUACGUCCAGCAGGGAUGCAAAUAGGUGAACCUGGUGUUCCUGCACAUAUAUUUUUUAUUAGACGUGGUUUAGUACAUCUUCAACAGGAUGAGUCAUUUAUAGCGGAUAUGAGUUCACCCAAUCAACCUAACAGUCGUAGUUUACUCGUAGAUGGACAUACAUUUGGGGAACGACAGUGUAUUUUUAAAGAGGCAUUAGGGGAUACCGUUUUUGCCGUAACCAAUGUAGAUUUGUAUUUACUACCAUUUUCAGUACUUAUUCAAUUUAUGAAACAAGAUUCUGAAGCACGUUCAACUAUUUAUGCCGCAGCAAAAUCCACAUCUUUGUUAUUAGAGAAAGAGUAUGAUGGGAUGCGUUUUUUACCCUCUUCAUUAGAACAUCUUGGUAUUAUUUUACUAGGAUCUGCAAAAUUAUCUAAAUGGUUUAAUCGUCGUGUUAGUAUUACUACUACUACUACUACUCCUGCUAUGUCUGGCGCUCAUCGUUUAACAUUAGAGAAUGCGACGGGGAAUCCAAUGGCUUCAAGCACACAUGGAGUUUCACCUCAUUUUCUAGAGAGGGUACGUAAGAUUCCAUUACUGAGUCUCUGUUCACCUGAUAAUGCCUUUUAUGAAGAUUGUGCCCGUCGCUGGACCUUACUCACCUUUGAAGCCGGCGAUUACAUCAUUCGCCGUGGUGAUGAUUGCAAUCGUCUUCUUCUCUUCAUGCAAGUCGGAGCUGCGGUUGUGAUGAAUGAACGUGAAAUUAAACGAGAUGCGGAAUCCGGUGCUGUGUUAAUGGCCUCAUGUGCACAUUUCCCACGAGUGCCGAAGGGCUGUGUGGUGGGCUACACCUGUGUGCGGCGGCAUCCCUGGUCGGUGAGUGUGUUGGCCCUCGACAGUCAAGUGGAGGUGUGGGAGUUAAAGCGGGCCACCUUUGUGGAGUUGCUGCGCAAACAUCAACUGGAGCGCAAAAUGCAGGAACUCACCCUGCAGUUACUUCAGCCACUCAUGCAGCAGGCGAGUCGAUCGGUGGUGUUGGACUUUCAGCCGCUCUUGUUGCCAUCGCCGAAUUCCCUCUGGAGUGAACAGUCGGUGCCGAAUAUGCAUCCAGUGAGUUUCUGUGAGUACAUGCGGUACCCGGCGUGGCGGGAGGGCGAUCUCCCGCUUGGGUUUCGCAACAGCAGGCGAUUGUCGAAUAUCAGUUCACCAUCGGUGAGUUACUCGCAGGUACAUCAGAAGGUAAAAUGA